AUGGUUGUCGUAGGUGACUUCGAAGAUGGUCCGGAGAAGGAUUUCGCCGUCAUCUCUCCUCAGGAAUUUGACGAUGAGGACCUUCCUCCCGCCCUUGCUGCGAGUCGUCGUAUUCGGUACAUCGACGACGAGGAGGAAGCAACGGGCGCGGCAGGGCCCUCUCGUCCACUCCGGAGGCGAAAUUCCACAUCCUCCGUGCACUCGUUAUCGAGCGUGCGAAGCGGCCGCACUGUUGAUCCUACCCUCAUACUCCCUGUCCAAUAUCGGACCUUGAGCUACACCAUCGCCAACGCGGAUGAAAGCACAGCUGCCAAAUCGAAGGACGCACGAGACAAAGCUGCCAUCGAUGUCGGAAAUCUCGAGUGGCAUUUACUCAACACCGAAGAGGUCUGCAAGAGACUGAAGACUUCCGUGCAGUCAGGUCUUUCUUCGUCCGAGGUCAAGGAGAAGACGGCUGAAUUCGGCCGCAAUGUUCCAUCACCACCGCCGUCGAGACUGGCGCAAAAGAUCUUUGGCUACUUCUUCGGCGGCUUCGGGUCCAUUCUGCUCGUUGGCGGGAUCCUCGUCAUGAUCUCGUGGAAGCCGCUCGGUCAGCCACCUGCCGCGGCAAACCUAGCCCUCGGGAUUGUCCUGUUUGCGGUUUUCGUGAUCCAGGCAGCGUUCAAUGCAUGGCAGGACUUCUCAUCGUCACGAGUCAUGAACAGCAUCACCGGCAUGUUACCAGAGGACUGUAUUGUCUUGCGUGACGGAGGUAGGCAGACUGUCCAGGCCCCAGACGUUGUGCCAGGAGAUAUUCUCUUCUUCAAAGCCGGCAACAAGCUUCCUGCGGAUGUCCGGUUUGUCGAGGUCUCUUCAGAUGCCAAGUUCGAUCGAAGUAUCUUGACGGGAGAAUCAGCACCGGUGCCCGCCCUUGUGGAAUCCUCGGAGAAGAAUUACCUGGAGACUCGAUCCAUCGGUAUGCAGGGUACGCAUUGUACUUCUGGAAGUGGCGUCGGCAUCGUCGUCAGCACGGGAGACAAUACGGUUUUCGGCCAUAUCGCCAAACUCACCAGUCAACCCUCCACGGGACGAACAACCCUCCAGAAGGAGAUUCUCCGCUUCGUCAUCAUCAUUGUCUCUUUGAUGGUCGCAAUGAACAUUAUCGUCAUUGCUGUCUGGGCUGGCUACAUUCGACACGAGCAUCCACACUUCAUCAACGUUCCGACGCUCAUUGUCGACAUUGUCAGUGUGGCCAUCGCAUUCGUCCCAGAAGGUCUUCCCAUUGCUCUGACCGCAUCAUUGACAAUCACGGCAAACAUCAUGAAGAAGAACAAUAUCCUCUGCAAAUCACUCAAGACCGUCGAGACGCUCGGCUCAGUCUCUGUACUUCUCUCGGACAAGACAGGCACGCUCACCAAGAACCUGAUGGUCGUCACAGACUGCCUCAUUGGAUUCCGCACGCUGACAGCAGGUGAAGCCGUGAAAGAAACCACGGAAGAAAAGUCUGAGGGUCCGCGGAGGAAAGCUCUCGAGCAACUCAGAGUCGUGUCGGCCGUUUGCAAUGCUGGCGAAUUCGAUCCAACCACGGUUCACCUUCCUCUGGCUCAAAGAAAGAUCAUCGCAGAUGCCACCGACCAAGCUAUUCUGAGGCUGUCAGAAAGCCUGGGCCGGGUGUCGGAGUCUCGCGCCAUGUGGCGGAAGAGAUUCGAUCUCGCAUUCAAUUCGAAGAACAAAUUCGCCUUGCGAGUAUCGUCGGCCGAAUCCGUGGCGGCAGCGGAGCUGGCCAUGGGUACUGACGAGAACGCAGCUUUCAACAUUCAGCGCGACAUGCUGCUCAUGAUCAAAGGCGCACCGGACAUCCUUUUGCCUCGGUGCUCUACGUACGUCGGCGAGGAUGGCGAAGUUCACGAGCUCGACGAAGGGGUACGCGUCUCGAUCGAGGCGACCAAGGACGCAUGGUCAAGCGAGGGCAAGCGCGUGCUCCUCCUUGCUCGCAAGCCUCUCCACGGCGACGUCGUCAAGACAGAUCCCAGCGACAACGACUUUGAGGCCGAGGCAAUCCAGCACGCUCGAAAGGGACUUACGCUCAUCUCUCUGGUCGGCAUAGUCGACCCGCCACGCGACGAAGUUCCGACUGUCAUUGCGACUCUCCGCAGGGCAGGGAUCCGCACGAUGAUGGUCACUGGAGACUUUAAGCUCACGGCCCAAGCCAUCGCGAGGUCGUGCGGCAUCAUCACCGUCCCCGACGCCCAGGUGCACACCGCGGCCAACCUACCUCGUUUCCCUCCGCAGGAGGUCGAGAGCAGCAAGCCUCUGUCGAGAUUCUCCAUGUCGCGACAACCCAAGAAGACGCUCCUGCCCGCUGAGACGAAAGCCAUCGUGCUCACGGGUCCCGAGUUGAUCACGCUGCUCCCGCACCAGUGGCACGCGCUGACGACACAGUACACCGAGGUCGUCUUCUCGCGGACGACGCCCGACCAGAAGCUGCGCAUCGUGCGCGAGUUCCAGUCGCGGCGGUACGUGGUGGCCAUGACGGGCGACGGGGUCAACGACGCGCCCAGCCUGAAACAGGCCGACAUUGGCAUUGCGCCGUCGUCCGGCUCCGACAUUGCCAUCGAGGCCUCGGACAUGGUCCUGCUGGACUCGUUCUCGGCGAUCCCCGAGGCGGUGCUGUAUGGGCGCGUGGUGUUUGACAACCUGAAGAAGACGAUCGCGUACCUCCUCCCCGCGGGCUCGUUCGCCGAGUUCUGGCCCGUCAUGACGAGCGUCGUGUUCGGCCUCCCGCAGGUGCUGUCCAGCUUCCUCAUGAUCGUCAUCUGCUGUUUCACCGACUGCGUGACGGCGACGAUGCUCGCGUACGAGGCGCCCGAGGCCAACGUCAUGCUCCGCCCGCCGCGCGACGUCCACGCCGACCGCCUCGUCGACUGGCGCCUGCUCCUCCAGGCCUACGGGCUCGUCGGCAUCCUCGAGACCGUCAGCGCCUUCGCCAUGAGUUACUGGUACCUGGCGCGCAAGGGGCUCUCGUUUGGCUCCCUGUGGUGGGCCUUCGGCAACAUCUCCACCCCGCCCGGCAUGACGGACGACGAGGUGUCGCACCAUCUCACCGUCGCCAGCUCCGUGUACUUUGUGACGCUCGUUGUCAUGCAGUGGUUCAACGUCAUGGCCCUGCGCACGAGGCACCUGUCCAUCUUCCAGCACCCGCCGCUGUUCAACAAGCUGACGCAGAAUUGGCUGUUGUUCCCGGCGCUGCUGUUUGCCUUGGUCGUCGCGCUGAUCUUCACCUUCGUCCCUGGUAUGACGGACCUGGGCUGCGCUCAUGUCCCCGUUGAACAUUGGUUCCUGCCCAUGACGUUCGGAAUAGGGCUUUUGGGUCUGGACGAGCUGAGGAAGAUGAUGGUCAGGAGAUAUCCCAAGGGAUUCUGGGCGAGAAUAGCAUGGUAG